AUGCUUUUUCUCUUUUUGAGUACGUUGUUGUUUCUCCAGUCCUCUGCUGACAGAUCCAUCAAAACAGCUGAGAGUUACUGGACACUUAAACCAAAUGUGCUUGUGGGGAAUGUCGAUGCAAGUGAAGAUGUAAACAUGGUGCCACUUAUCUGUGGAGAAGACUAUGAAGCGAAAAAUAUUACAUGGACAAGAAACAACGAUGAAAAUCUGGAGGCUCAAGGAAACAGGAUCGUCGUCACAGUGGAGGCCUGGAAGGGGGGCAACUACUCCUGUUUCAACAGUGAGGGAUCCUAUCUAAACCACACACUGGUGCUGGCUCAGUGGACCUUCAGGAAGUUUAUCAAGAAUACUCCUGAGAAAGGUUACAUCGAUUGUACAACAAAUAACUAUGGAGGUUCCUUCAAAUGUAACUGGAUAUGGGAUGAAAACAGGAAUGGCCAUGUCAUUCAUAUCAAAGCCACACGCCCUCAUGGUGGAAGCAACAUCAGCUGCCGUCUGGAUGACAGAGGAAAGUCUAUCACAUGCUUAGACCUUGACUACUGUCCCUAUGCAGAGGAAGUGGAGCGCAUCAACCUGACCAUAUACUUCAGAAGCAGCUUUGUUGUUGAAUCCUACAAUACAAAGUUCUACAUCAUGGAUAUCGUGAGGCCUGAUAUGGUGCCUAUUAGUAGGAUCAAUAAAACAUCUGUAGAGGUCAGAUAUCCACACUCCUGGAACACACCAUUAUCCUACUUCCCUCUCAUGUUCCAAGUGGUUCGCUGUCGGAAACGCGAAAAAUGUGACUGCUCCAAACCGAACUUACAAGAGAUUUUAUUCACACAAAGGCACCAGCUGCCAGUGACAAAAGGGAUGUGUGUGUGUGUGAGAGCCAGGGAUGAAUUCUGCAAUUCCUCAUGGAGUGACUGGAGCCAGUACAAAUGCAAAACCAGAAAAAACAGCAAGCAGAGGAACCGAGAACCAAAGUUAAAGAUGCUAUAA